AUGACGGACGGUGGUUGUGAGGUGGGGGAGGAUGUUGUUGUAGUGGAAGAGGAGAUGGAGGUGGAGGUGGCCGACGGAAAUACUGGAAGGGGAAUAUAUGAUUUGGUGGAUUCAUGGGGGAGGAAGAGGUUUCUUGGUGAUGAAGAAAAAAAUAGGAAUACAUCACUUGUGUUGGCUCAACAACGAACAACAAGAAAAGACCCUCUUGAUAAAUUCAAGAUAUAUACAGGAGGAUGGAACAUCAAAGACCGCCAUUACUGGGCUUCUGUAGCAUUCACGGCUGCACCGUUCCUGGUGGUGGCUGCAACGUGGUUCGUGGUGUUUGGGCUAUGCUUGUCUCUGAUAUGCCUCUGCUAUUGUUGUUGCCGGAAAGAACCUUGCUGCUAUUCAAAAAUAGCUUACACUUUAUCUCUCGUUCUUCUCAUCCUCUUCACCAUCAUGGCAAUAGUCGGAUGCAUUGUUUUAUACACGGGUCAAGGGAAAUUUCACCAAAGUACGACGAAAACAUUAAGGUAUAUAGUGUAUCAAGCUGAUAUGACUGCUAAUAGGCUCCGGAACGUGUCUGAUGAUCUUGCCGCUGCCAAGAAAAUAGCCGUUGCCCAGGUGUUUUUGCCUGUCGACGUCCAAGCCGACAUCGAUAACAUACAAACCAAGCUCAAUGUCUCGGCUACUGAACUUUCCAAGAGAACCAAAGAGAAUAAAGUAGCCAUCCACGAUAUCCUUGAAAGUGUGAGAAUAGCGUUGAUUGUUAUAUCAGCGGUGAUGUUGCUUUGGACGUUUCUCGGAUUCUUGUUUUCGAUCCUUGGCCAACAAUGCAUGGUUUACACCUUGGUGUUGUUCGGAUGGGUUUUUGUGACCGUAACAUUUGUGUUAUGUGGUGUGUUCCUUUGUCUCCAAAAUGUGACUGCAGACAGCUGCGAGGCAAUGCACCAGUGGGUCGAGAACCCGACGGCUCAUACAACGCUAGACGAUAUCCUUCCAUGUGUCGAUAAUGCCACGGCUCAGGAAACCUUGAUGAGAAGCAAGGAAGUCACGUUGCAACUUGCCAACGUGAUUAACCAAGUCAUCAAUAACGUCACGAAUGGCAAUUUUCCCCCGAGCUAUGCACCACUCUACUACAACCAGUCUGGUCCUUCGAUGCCACCCCUUUGCAGUCCGUUCAAUUCCGACUUCUCUAAUCGAACAUGUGAUCAAAAUGAAGUGCCAUUGAGCGAGGCCUCACAGGUAUAUAGUAAAUUCGUUUGUCAAGUUUCAGCGAGCGGGGUUUGCACCACGGCGGGUCGCCUAACUCCAGACUCGUUUAACCAAAUGUCGGCCGGAAUAGAACUAAGUUAUUCGUUGUACCUCUAUGGACCAUUCUUGGUGGAACUUCAAGACUGCACGUUUGUCCGCCAAACGUUCACGGACAUCUCCCAAGAUCACUGUCCGGGUCUAUGCCGCUACCUUAACUGGAUCUACAUCGGGCUAUUUAUGGUGUCGUUGGCAGUCAUGUUGUCGCUCGUUUUCUGGGUCAUUUUAGGAAGGGAAAGGAGACAUCGUGUGUAUACCAAGACAGUCGUAAGUAGUAGUGGACGAGGAGGGGAGAAAUUUAUGUGA